AUGAGCGCUGGAAUUCCAAAUGUCUGUCUAGAGAUUGAAUGGAUAUCCUCUUCUUUGUCUAAGAUAUCCGGCAUGGCCAUUGACGCAUUUUCUCCAGAGGUGUUUGUGGACAUGGAGUAUACAUCGAAACUUACCAAUGAUUCUGUUUCCAGUGUCAUGUUUGUGAUCCUUUGA